AUGGGUGGAUGCCAAGGAGGUUACAUUAACAUAUGGACAGGUUUUGCGAUUUCGAGGAAUGUUCGGAUUAUUGAUCUCAAAAUUGAGGAACAUUGUCAAGCUCGCAUUCCUGUUUCCCUCUACACUUGUAGGACAUUAGAAUCUCUUGCAUCGAAUGGUCCUUUUUGGGUUAGUGCACCUUCUGUGGUUCGUCUUCCCAAACUAGAAGAAUUGUAUAUCAGUCUAGAAUUUUACAAUGCCAAUGAAGGAGAACCCCCGGAGGUAGAUGGAAAACUGGAGAUAGAUGCACCUGCCCUUGAUUUCCUAUGUUGCGAUGAUCAUGAGUGGAAGGAAUUCUCUUUGAAGAAGCUGUUGUUUGUGGAAGAAGUGAAGCUUGAUCUUAAUGCUAAUCUCAAUGUCAAUGGACACUAUAUUGAGCGAUGCAAUUCCAUUGCAAGGCUAAUUGAAGCUUUGAAUCAUGCGGUCCUUCUGAAGUUAAAAGGAACAAUCUUUGAGGGCCUCAGUAACGCCAGUACCCCGUUGUCGGUGUGGUUUCCUAGGUUAACUAAAUUGCAUACUGAAUAUGAGUGUUGUCAAUGGAGUGCUCUUGGUGCUAUGCGUGGCUAUUCAGUCACAUUGGAAGUCCUAAAAAUUAAAAAGUUUCAAUGUGGUAAGGAUGCUCACAUGAGUUGUUGGAAGGACCCUAACCAGGUUCCGAAAAGUUUGUCACAGAGUCUCACAAAAGUUUCAUUCAAGGAUUUUCAAGGCUUUGAAGAUGUGUUGGGAAUGAUAAGAUCCUCAAUUGCAAAGUGA